AUGGCCAAAAAGGCUGGAGGUGAGAGGGGAGGGUUGGAAAAGGAACGGGCGGCAGUGGAGGGAGUGUGGGAGCCUGGGGGAGGUGGCAACUCGACAGGUGGCAACUCGAGAGGUGCUAAAGAAGCCAACUUCCUGCCUAUUUCCUCUAUUCCCCCCUUUCUCUCCUCCUCUCUCCCCGCUGCCAGUCUCCCCUUUCUUCCCAUCAGGCUCGCUGCAAUUCCUUCAAGACCCCCUCUGGGCCUUCACCAAGCCUUCUACUCCUCCUAUUCCCCCAAUUCCUCCCCUUUCCCGCCCCUCUCCCCCUCUACUCUAUCAACACCGCCCAACCAGUCUCCCCUUUCUUCCCAUCAGGCUCGCUGCAAUUCCUUCAAGACCCCCUCUGGGCCUUCACCAAGCCUACUUCCUGCCUACUUCCUCUAUUCCCCCCCUUUCUCUCCUCCUCUCUCCCUGCUGCCAGUCUCCCCCUUCUUCCCCUCGGGCUCUCUGCAAUUCCUUCAAGACCCCCUCUGGGCCUUCUCUAAGCCUGUUGCUGCUAUUCCCUUUACACCCACAACACCACCCCCCCCCUUCCCCCCUCCUCUCCCCCUGCACCCUUUCUCCCCCAACCAGUCCUUCUGCUCCUCCUAUUCCCCCAAUUCCCCCCUUUCCCGCCCCUCUUCCCCUCUUCUUUAUCAACACCGCCCAAUCAGUUUCCCCAUUCUUCUCCUCGCGCUCACUGCAUUCUCCAAGACCCCUGUGGGCCUUCACCAAGCCUUCUACUGCUAUUUCGUCUACAACCGCACCCCACCUUCCCCCCCUAUCUCCCCGCCACCAGUCUCCCCUUUCUUCCCCUCGGGCUCGCUGCAAUUCCUCCAGGACCCCCUCUGGGCCUUCACCCAGCCAACUCUUAUUCCCUCAACUUCCCCCCUUCCCCCCCACCUUCGUCUCCUCCACUCUAUCUCCCCGCCACCAGUCUCCCCUUUCUUCCCCUCGGGCUCGCUGCAAUUCCUCCAGGACCCCCUCUGGGCCUUCACCAAGUCUUCUCCUGCUGCGCCACCCCCCUCAACCGUGAACGAGCUCUCCCCAGAGCAGCUUCUCCAGUUCGACUCAGAGGCAUUGGAGAAGCACCUGCAGGCUGUGCCGCUGCCGUCGCUGCUGAUGCUGUCCCCGCAUGACCGGGCCACCUUCUUUCCGGAUGAGGAGCAUCGGCAUGUGAAGGAGCAUGCGCUUGCAGGGGAAGGUGAUUUGGAUGAGUUGCUGGGAGGGGAGACAGGAAGCAGUAGCAGUGCAACCAGAGGAGAGGUUAACAUGGCAGAGAAGCAGCACAUAGGGCAGCAGGCAAGAGCAGGGGCAGCAGGGGCAACAGUUCCUGUGCAUGGGAUUGGGCUUGCAGGGGAAAAUGAUUUGGAUAAAUUGCUAGGAGGGCAGUCGCAGAGCAGCAGAGAGGCAGCCAAAAGAGGGGUCAAGGCCGGAGAUUCUUUUGGUGUGGCCAGUGCAGCAGCUGCUGCUGCUCUAGUGAAGCCUGACCCUAAGCCAGCAGCAGCAACAGCAGCAGCAGCACAUGCACCGGCUCUGGAUGAUUUUGAUGAAUUGCUUGGAGGGCAGUCACAGAGCAGCAGCAAUGCAGCCAAAGGAGGGGUGAAUGUCGGAUACUCUUUUGGCGUGGCCAGUGCAGGUGCUCCUGCUCAAGCGAAGCCUGAACCUAGGCCAGCAGCAGCACAGGCACCGGCUCUGGAUGAUUUUGAUGAAUGGUUCGAUUCUGUCACGUAG